ACUUGGACCUGUCAACAUGGCGGACAAGUUUGCCCGCUACAACGAGUCUCGCGACUUCGAGGGUGGGAACAGUUUUGACCAGUACGAAGAAGGACAGUAUGACGUGGAACAAGCCUCCAUCUUCCAGCCAAUUCCUGAGGACAACUUGGGACACCGGCUGCUCCAGAAGCAUGGCUGGCGCGUGGGGCAAGGACUCGGGCGGAAGGAGCAAGGCCGCACCGACCCCCUCCCCAUCGAAGUAAAAGACGACCUUCUCGGCGUCGGACGAAUGGAAAUGGAGAUGGAGCACGUGGAGGGCACUACCGAGAGACGCAAGAUGCUGGAGAUUGAGAAGGAGGAAACGGAAGAGCUGCGGCAGAAAUACAAGGAGAAUGCGGAGAAGGAGCGUGCCAUCGCUGAGGCCCUGAAAGACCUGAAGGACAACUUUUACUGCGAGCUGUGUGAUAAACAGUACUACAAGCACCAGGAGUUCGACAACCACAUCAACUCAUACGACCAUGCUCACAAGCAGAGGCUGAAGGACCUGAAGGCGCGGGAAUUCGGCCGGAACGUCAGCUCCAAAUGGAGGAAGGAGGAGAAGAAGCGAGAGAAGGAGAUGAGGAGGCUACAUGAGUUAGCCGAGCAGAGAGCUCAGACUAAAAGGAACGCCGGAGCAGCGGCAGGAGGGAUGUUCAAGAGCGGGUUUGUGGAGGUCGGCCAAUCAGACGGCUCACCCAAGGAGAACCAAUCGUGGCACAGCGUUCCUCCCCCAGAACUCGACAACGACGACCUGACUGACAACGAAGAGGUGGAUAUUAUACCGGACGUGCCGUCUCCCGAACCAGAACCAACACUGAUUCUAGACACCCCGAUGCCAGAGCCCCCUGCACCCCCCCUUCCAACUGAGCCACUCCCACCACCUCCCGAGGAGGCCCCCCCUCCCCCUCCACCUCCCGAAGAUGAGGAAGAAAUGAGUCCGAUAGAAACGUCCGCGAUGUCGCUGCUAGGAAAAGCUCUUGCCAAGAAAAGGCUGGAGACUUUUGCUGGAAACAGCCAUAACGGUGCCUCAAAUGUCGGACAGGCUGCCUCCAUGUCUCCCAAAACAGGGUUCUCCUUCAGUAUCGUGAAAAAGAAGGCGAGCACAAAGAUCCAGUUGUCUUCUGUCUUUGGAGACAACGCAGAAGAGAAUGGAGACGACAGCGAAGAGGAGAAUCCCACUGGUCAGAGGAAGAAAAUGUCUGCCCUGCCUCCUCCUACAGAAGUGCCAAAGAAGGAAAAAAGCGAAGAAGCAGAUAAGAAAGAUGAGAAAGAUGUCAGGAAAAGGAGGAGGGUGAAAAAAGAGGAAGAGGAGGAGGGAGAGAGGGAGUAUUAUCAUUACUUCCCUCCGCCACACUGUAGGGUCAAGCCUCGCUGGCCCUUCAUGAUUUUCAUCAAGUCAAAUGAUCAGAUCAUAAUUAAUAAAGACACGGGGCUAGUGGAGACCGUCCGAAGGAAGAAAAAGAAGAACGGUGCCUACGAGCAGAAAGCUGACACCAAUAUCGCUCUCAACGAUACACAAGAAAGCAACAACAAAGACCCUUUGGAGGAGGCAAGGACUCGUAAGUGUGAUGAUGUUCAGGAAAGUGACCCAGCUCUCAGCUCUAGUGAACAGGAGAUGGCUGUUCUUGUGAAGCAGGAAUCAGAGUAUGCUGGCAACCAGCAGGUGGAAGUUACUACAUCAAGCAGGAAUGGAAACAGCCUUUCCAGAAAUUCAAAUGGCUCUCAUACAAGCUGCACAACCCUUGACAGAAAGCCAAGCCCUGUGAAAAGGGAACCGUCGCAAGGAAUCCCUUCCAAGCUGGAUCGUUCCCCAGACGUCUCUGCCAAAGAGGGCAAGCCAAGCUUUGUCGAUGUUGUCAGCAAAGAUGACACCGUCUUGCAGUGGCCAGCAGAGAUGAUCCGUUUCACCCAGACGUCACCUGUCUUGUCCUAUAGUUGUAACCCUCUUCACUUUGAGUUCCGUACACUCACCCAUCCAGGACCAGCCAGUAGCCAGCAACUUGAAGAAGACACCACGCCACAUUCAGCAGAUCUUCAGUCCAUCAUUGAUGCCUUAUAUGAUCAGAAGGACCUCCGUUCUGAUGGCUCCAGCUCUCCAAGUGCUUUAAAUCGUGGUUGGUACCCUUACACUGAGCCGGGAUGGUGUAGUGACCAUCGUGAGGAAUGGGCUGUAAGAAGUGUGCAGGUGAAACAUAAAAAUGCAUCCAACAGGCAAAAGCACCCUGCACCCAAUGCCUGGCCUUUAAAACCACCACCAAAUGUUUUCAAAUCAUCCCAGGCCAAAACUGGCCCCACCACUGCAGCUGUAGGGGCUUCUCAAAGUCUAUUGGUGCCUCGGCAGUUUGUUCCUAAGCAAAGGCCAAGCACUUCUCCCAAGAAAAGUUCCAGCAAAACUGCUUCUGAAGACGUAGUGCCUGCCUCAGGCAAUGGAAGCAGGGAUGAGGCUGUUGAUGGGGAAGGUAAGACGUCCGGCGGGGAUCGUAACAGCCACUCCCAACAGGGAAACGGAAACGGCAACAGGGCUUCCACCUCGCAAAAAAAUGGCGGCAACACUUCCAAGGGCACUGUGGGCAAAAACGGGAAGAAACAUCACAGUUCUGGCUCGGAGAGCUCUGAUGAUGGAAGGAAAAGGAGAAGAGAUGGGGAGGAGUUGAGCAGGAAACAUUCCAAGAAGAGUAAAAAGAAGAAAGGCUCAAAGAGGAGGAAGUCACCCAGUGAGACAGAUGAAAGUUCAGAUGAUGAAGACCAAGAGAAGGUGCCUGCGAGGAAGAGGAAACAGCAAAAGGGGAGCAGACACCGUGAAAGGCACAUGAAACAGCCAAGCCCCGAGUCAUCAUCAUCAGAGUCUGAGUCAGAUUUAGAAGAUGACAAUACAUCCAUAGGGAGGACUGAGAACAGCUCUAGCAAUGAGCGACCCGAGAAGAAACACCAGAAAGGACAAAUAACUCAGGAGUCAGAAGGGUCUGAUUCUGAGGAGUCCCUGUAUGAGGAAGACAAGAAAAGCAGGAAAAGAAAAUACAAGAGAAAGGACAAAGUGAUCAAGGAGAAGUCGUCAUCAUCCAGAAAGGCAAAAAGGCCAAAAGUAGUCGUGGAAAAAGAUUCUUCAGAAAGUUCUUCAGAAUCAGAAUCUGAGGAGGAGGAGACAAAAGAAGAGGCUGCUCUCCAAAGUCAUGCUAAACGAAGGGGUAAAGAAAGACACACAGCUAAGAGCAAACAAAAGACACCUGCUCUCGACAACUCAGCCAAAAGUAAGAAAUCAAAGAAGAGCAGUAAGAAAAAGAAGCGGUCAAGAAAGACAGAGUCAUUCCCACCAUCUGAGGAGGAGGAUUCCUCACAAGAUGAAACUAUGCAGCGAAAGCAUUCCCCUAAACAAGAAGUGCCUCAAAAUGUAGAAACAGUGUCCACCAGGAGAAGCAAGAAGAAGAAAUCCCACAAACAGGAGGAAGAACCCCAGGAAGACACACCACACACCUCAUCUCAUCAUGGUAGAUCAAAAGAGAAGAAAAAGUCAAAGAAGUCUCGAGAGCAAAGAAGUCCAUCAGUGGAAUCUAUUUCAGAAGAGGAUAAAAACAAGAAGCAAAGCACAAAGAAGAAGUCAAAGAAGAUCACAGAAGAAGAAGCUAAAGCAGAAUCAGAUGGUUCCUCUGAGGAAAGUUCAGCGGCUGAAGCCUCAUCGCCAAGACCAAGGAAGUCUAAAAAAGCCAAAUCAAAGAAGGUCAAAACAGCAGAAUCAGCUGAAGAUAGUGAAGACACAGAAGAGGAGGAUUACUUUGGAGCAGCACUCCCCCCAACCCUCUCACAUAAGCAACACAGGUCAAAAAGUACCAGCAUAACACAGAGCAGGCAGAAAAGCCAAAACACAAACACAAAAAGGGUACAACAAAGGAAGACAGCCAUCGCAUGGAGCAAACUGAUGAAGUCCAAGUGGGAAAGUCAUUCAGAAAGCUCAAGUGCCUCAGAAAAGUCUGGAAGUGACGAAAGCGAGCCAGAACAGAUGAGUAAGAACAAAAGCAAGAAAGCUUCCCCCACAAAAGCUGACAAAAGUCCAAAAGCCAAAGUUGCCCUUAAAACAUCAGGAAAGUACAAAGGCCCCUCUUCCUCACCACAUGUUACAGACAGCAGCAGCCAGAAAGUAGCAAGGAAGAAAGGAAGGGAGAAGUCUUCAAAAAAUGGGGAGAAACAAAUUCAGAGGAGAAAGCAGCAGUCAAAGUCUGAGUCAGAAAGCCAGCAAGAAGACUCUGAUGACGAAAAGCAUUCUCAUAGCAGUAAGAUGUCAAAGAAAUCUAAGGAAGACACAAAAGAAGGCAGUAAGUUGAUGACUAGGACCGGGUCCUCCUCAGGGAGCAGUCAGUCAUCUGGUGGGGGGAAAAAGUACAGGGAGAAACAUUCAGCAAAAGUGGAGCAUGCCAAAGGAGGGAAGGACAAAGAGAGGUCUGGUCGUAAAGGCGAGGACACAGACCACACCAGAACAAGACGUCACAGCAACUCCAGUGAGUCAGAAGCCAGGAGGAGAAGUGAGAAACACCGAAUGGAAAGUCUGCAGGGGAAGAGAAACCUUAUGUCCAGGGAAGACAGGGCGUCAAGGAGGUCUGAAAACAAUCUUGAACGACAGGAUGGAAGUUCAGAGAGACAGAGCAGGAGUAGCAGGCACAGCCUGAGUGAGGACAGGGAGAAACAUCAGUCUCACCGGAGGUACUCCUCCUCAGAGUACUCCAGCAACGAAGGCAGUGGCUCUGAGCGUGUAGACAGCAGACAGAGGAAUAAGGAGGAUGGGCAUCACAGCAGGAGAGACUACUCCUACAACAGCUACUCUGAACGAGAUGAAAGCCACAAAAGGCAGCCGAGGGACUACACAGACAGCUAUUCUUACAGCUCUGAAGACCGUCACAGGAGGUCCCGCGACAGGAACAGUGAGAGGAGGAAUCGACGGAGGCACGCUCACCAUUCAUCCUCAGACUACUCCACAUCAGGGGAGCACAGUGAUUACAACAAACACCACGCCAGGCGAGGACACAAGAGACGCUACUCCAACAGUGAAGACAGGUACAGCUCUGACAGGAGCUACUCCAGACACUCCAGAAAGUCCUCCCGCUACUCACCAAGGAGGUCCAGGAGCAUCGACAAUAGACGGCAGAGUCGAGAGAACUCUGAACAAAGGGAUGACUCCAGGAGCAGGGAAAGAGACGACUCUCACCAUCAGACAAACAGAAAUACCACAGUGUCCUCACAACAAACAUUAGAAGAUGUAUCUGAGACAGUUUCAGUACCUACUGUACUGGUCAAGAGUGAACCAAACAGCAAAGAAGUUCCAUCCCCAGUGGACAGACCUCACAACGAGGCCACGGCAGCCAUUGCCAAGCAGCUCCUUCAGAAGGCCAGGAACAAGAAAAGUGCCUCCGACGAAUCAGCAGAUGCAGCGGCUCGGGCAGGAAUCAAACUCAAGAACCCUCCUGCCGGCUACUUUGGUCCUAAAUUACCUCCAUCUCUGGAAAAGAAGGCUGUUCUUCCCAUCAUUGGGAAGAUUCCUAUUGCCAGGAAGAUGAUGACGAAGAAAGAAGUACUGUCGCCUGUAGCAGGGAAGAAGGAUGAUGUUGCUGAAGCCAUCUUCAAGCUAGAAGAACCUUCAGUUGAAGAGAUGGCUGGAAACAGCUUCCCUCUUACAGAUGCUGCUGCCAUGGAUGCCUCCCGAGCUGAGGGAGGUCUCGGCAAGAUCUCCUUCACCAUGAACCAGACUCCGAGAAUCGUCCGACCAGACGUUCGCAAGGAAACGAGCCAAGAGGUCAGCAAGGAGAGCAAAGAGCAGGACAAGAAAGAAGACAGUGCCGGGCAGGCCAAGGCUCCCCCGGCUAUCUCACCUGAGGAGAUGGACAAAUACAGGCGGUUGCAGGAGCAGGCACAGCUGCACAUCCAGAAGCAGCUGGAACUCCAGCAGAAACAGAAGGAACAGCAACACGAGCGACAGCAGCUGCACAACGUCAACCCCCCACAACAGCCCCAACAGCAGCAGCCUCAAGUCAUCUCACAAACCCCUUCAGCCCCUCCACUCCCCCCACCUCCACUUACUGCACCUCCUUUUUCCUUUUCUGGCUACCAAGCCCCUCCCCCUCCCAUGUAUGUGUCUGCCCUACCCCCUGUCCCUGUACCUCCCCCCGGGUUCCUACCCCCUCCUGUACCCCCUGUGCUCCACCCUCCCCCAGGGAUGCCGUACGGAGGCACCCUCCCCCCACCCAUGAGGCAUGCCCAUAUCCCAUUGCGUCAACCAAGGCUCGCUCUUACUAAAGACGAGCCUCCCCCACCUGGAACAUAGGGCGCUUAUUUUCAUUAGUUUCUUUACACAAAUUUUGAUUCAUGCUGCUCCUUGAAUUACAGUCAUGACCUUAGCAUUUGGAAAGUUGAAAUGAGUUUUCUAACAAAAAAAUAAUCCAUGUUUGAAUCAAGCAAAGACAUAAUGUAAGUUCAUAAACAUGACUUUCGGGUUGACUAUUGCAUCUAUCAGUUCAGUGAUUGUUCAUCAUUCGCUUAUGUACUCUAGAUUUGAUGUGUGUAAAAAGUUCAUCUCAUUUGUUAUUUACUUUGAAGGUAUCCAUGUGGUGCCCAUAGAUUUAAGUUAGAUCAGAAAUGAUGCUGAUAAAAUAAAAGACUUUAGGCAUAAGGUGUAUUAUUAAGUUACUAGAAUGUAUUACUUAAGUUGGAAAGCUACAUUAAGCAGAAUCUAUUCAUGCUAUUUUCAUUGUAUAUGAUAUGUAGGAUAUUUACCCAAGUUUGAGUUUGAGUGAAAUAUUUAAGGUGUAUUUCUUUAGUUGUUAGCCAUGCUGUCAGCCAUGUAUCACUUCUUACAGAUGCUUAGAUAUGAUAGUUUUUUCUUGAACUUGUAUUAUUCUGAAUUAUAUGCUUCAUAUGAGAGUCAUCCAAAAACUAUGAUAUUUGGGGGGGGUGAGUUGGUUGCAGAACACUGCAGUGGAUAGCAUGGCCGACUUGCUUGAAUACUUGAACAGGGUACACAUAUGAUUGAAUAGAGAAAGGAAUUGAACAAUUAGUACCACAACAAUACUGUCUUCACUAUAGACCUAAGUAUGUACAUAAUGAAAAGGCUAGUUUAUACUCAGAUGUCCAAUAAGGUUUGAUUUAUUUUUUUCCUUUUGCAUGUAAAGCUGUACAAUGUAGCUUAUGAAUCUCAAAUACUGACUUAGGAUUAUGAUGUUACCAUCUGCAAACUGCACUUAUAGUUACUGAGAACAGUUUUCAAGCCAGACAUGCAGUCAAGGUUAAAACAUGAUUGUUGCAGCCAUUCCUAUGAUUUCAUUUACACUAAAACUGCCAUUUGUUGCUAACAUCAUACAACAUGUACAGUGGGAAGUAUUUCUAUGUGGACACACUGCCCAUACACAAACUAAACUGUCCAGAAAAUACAAAUGAACAUGUACUAUGUGUAGAUUUCUGAGUAGUGGCUCAAAAAAUGCAAUUUUGGUUCUUCCAGAAUGACAAGGAUUUUUAAGAGUUUUUCUAUCCUCUUUGAUAAUCAUCAAAGAUCUGAUAUUUCAAAGGUUAUUAUUAAGUUCAGAACUAGCUCUACUAUGUUAAAUGUGCAGUAGCAAUCCUUCCCAUAUAGUAGUAGCAAUUACAAGUAGUUUUUUUGUCUAAGAUAAUGUGGCUGACAAGUUGCACUUCUGAAAUUGUUCUUCCAUUUCUCAGUGACCAAUAAUUUGUACCCAUUUGAUAGGUUUCUCUUGUCAUAUAGCACACUACUCUCCAAACAAAAUACAUGUAGAAGCUACAUUUUCUGGUCUUUGAAAAGUUAAAAUCAUGUCUACCAAUUCCAUCCUAAGUCACAGUAUGGGACCUUUAUGACACAUGUACAUAUUGUAGAACAUUUGUACAUAAGAACUCCCACCAGAACAGAGAGAGAAAUCCUGUGAAUUUUCUGGGCUCAUAAUGUUGAAGGAAAUGAAAAUCAUGAUUUCCAAGAAAUGGCAUUAUUUUUAUUGCCAUUUCAUUGUCCAGGGUCUGAGGAAAUUUCAGUAAAACAUUG